AUGGCAGAGAAGGCAGAAAAAAGAGGCGAUUGGGAAACUUGUGUCUCUCAGGCUGGAGUGGCGAUCUUAAAAGCGGGCACAUCUCUGCCACUUCGUCAACGUCGAGCAAGAUGCCGUUUUGAACGCGGAGAGAUCCAAGAGGGUAUCAGCGACUUGGCACACGUCUUACAAAUUUCUCCGGGCUACAUGCAACCGCAUCUCGAAAUCUCUGCCAUGUUGUUCUAUUCCUUGGCGGACACUGACCGCGGAUUAACGCAGAUACGAAAGUGCCUUCACUCUGAUCCAGAUUCAAAAGUAUGCAGCGGCCUAUUCAGAAGGCAAAAGCAGAUCUCUAAGCUACUCCAACGUCUUGAUCGAUUCUUGGAGCAACGGAAGUUUAACAAAGCGGUGGAACUAUUGGUGGGCUCCAAGGAGGAGAGUGGAUUAAUCGACGAUGUGAAGAAUGAAAUUAAAUCUGCUCGCGCAAAUGGCUACAUUCAUAAAAAUGCGCCAGAACAGCUCUCUGCUAAUCUAGUUGAGAAAGCUUGCGAAGCCUACCGAGAAAUGAACUCCAAGCGCAAAGCCAAACCUUUCUGCUCUGAAGCCCUUGAGUUUAAUCCGACCUCACUUCACGGCCUUUUGUCAAAGGCGGAAAGCCAAUUAGAUUCAGGCGAGUACGAAGCAGCAAUGCAAACUCUCGCUAUCGCCAAUGAAAACCACCCACAUACCCAUGCCGUCCGAAUCCUUCACGAGAAAGCGCAGACGCUGCUGAAGCGGUCCAAACAAAAGGAUUACUAUAAAGUUCUAGGAGUCGACCGUGAAGCUGACGAUGCAACUAUCAAGCGCGCCUACCGCAAACUCACCAAGCAGUAUCACCCCGACAAAGUGAGAUCACAGGGAGUGUCUAAGGAAGAUGCUGAGAAAAAGAUGGCUGCGAUUAAUGAGGCAUAUGAAGUGCUUGCCGAUUCGGAACUGAGGGCGCGGUUCGACCGUGGCGAUGAUCCGAAUAAUCCUGAGAAUAAUCAAGGAAACCCCUUCCAUAGCGACCCAUUUGGGCCGGGUGGGGGAGGCCAACAGUUCUUCUUCCAUCAUGGCGCCGGUGGCCAGCAGUUUAAAUUUUCUCAGCAGGGGUUUCCGGGCGGGUUCCCCUUUGGUUAG